AUGUCCACCGACGCCCACCGACGCCAAGGGCGCCUGUCCGAGAUGGUCGCAGAUGACGUGCCGCCUGAACUGCUUGAGGCGGAGUCGCGCGAGCUUGUGCAGCAGGAUACAGAUACGCCGGUGCGCCACCUGCGCAUCGACUGGCCGAGUUCUUCGAUCAAGGGCGUCUAUGCCAUUGGCAGCAGUGUGCCGCAUGCGAAUCCACCGCUGUACGAUGCGCCUGACGCCAAGGACGUGGAAGGCAAUGCCACGUCUGCCGUGUUUACGUCGCGGCGUAGUCCGAUCAAUGUGACGGUCCUGGUCCUGCACGGCCAGGGCCAACGCACGCCGCAUACCCCGUCGUCCGAGACGCCGCCUGACGUGGGCGAUCCCAUGCAGCUCCUCGAAGUCGAGCGCAAAAACACCGUGUUUGUGUCUGCGCGCACGCAACUCAACUCGGCGUGUGUGCAUGUGCCGUCGUAUGCGGGACGCAAGCCGUUGCACAUCAAGGUUCAGACACACAGCGGCAAUGCGACGGUGAUUUUGCCGCACUCGUUCAAUGGCCUCUUGACGUGGAAAGUCGAGGCAGGUCUCUUUCACAUGUCGCCCGGUGCUGCGUCGCAUGCGAUGCGCCUCGGCGACAAGGAGCACCGCCACCACGGCAUGUUCCGCAUGGUCGCGGACCCCGACUUGCCGUCGUGGAUGACUGCGCAGGGCCGACGUGGCGACGUGUGUGAGAUCAAGGUGCACACGGGCCGCAUCUAUGUGUGCAUGAGCGGCGAGAAGAAGUCGAGCGCGGCGAAGGGCUGCGUGAUUUGCUAA